CUUUAAGGACUCGGAACAUCUGUGCAGCAAACAUCUUUGUGCUGUGUUAUUACUCACUGACACAUAAUGACAGGCCAAUGGAGGAAAACUGGCAGUCAGCAUGCGUGUGUGAGAAGUUGCUUAGUUCCCAUCCUGUCCUCGUGCGUGGGAGUACAUUGAAGGGCGGUAACGAUAUUGUUUACUGGGAGCCCAAUGGUCAUUAAACGUGUCACGAGAAAAUAUAUUUAUUUGACCGCUACAAGUCAUUGGAGACAAAUGAGGAUGAUGACUUUGUCCCCAUCAAACGUGAAAGUGGCAACAAUGCUGGACUUUCUUUGUGGGCUUUUUAAGAAGCGUCAAAUAGUGCUGUGUUUCUUGAAAUCCUUUUAUUUCAUUUGUUUUAUGUUGAAUUCAGAGUAGUCUUUUUCAAAAUAUAACUUCUCCCAUAGUUAUCUCAGUGAUCACAUUCCUGUCGACUCUCCUUUCUCUGCUGCUCCAAGUUUCCAAGGAAACAACAUAUUAUGAGGUAUGCCAUUGUGUUUUUGUAAUUGCCUUUAUUCUGCCUAGCAACAAGCAGCCACACAAACAAGUGGUGACCAGCAGGAAGAAUCUGACAAAUUCUUUUGUUUGACUACAUCAUAUCUACAAAUUUCUAUUUUCUGCUCAUUUAUAUUUUCUGUUUGUUUGUUUUUUAUAUGUUGUGGAGUUUAUCACACGGAAAAGAAAUUGGGACAAUUACUGUGUUAGCCUAUCUAUGCUAUUUUAUUUCAUUUAAGACUUUAAUAUUUUGAAUGAUGAAUGCAUUGGUGUGGUGGGUGAACACUAGCGACAUCUAGUGGACAAAGACUUUUUGUCUUCAUUGAAACUAACGAACAUUUUAACCUUAAAAUUGUGAGGCAGACAUCCCCGUUUUGCUCACAUUAUUUUGCAUGGAAAAUUUAAUGUUUUAUUGGCACACAUCCAACAACCCCCCCACUAGUCAAUUUAUCUUGAAUAAUUAAAAUAAUCAGCUUUAUAAUAAGUGAAGAAGUGCAUACAGCUAAUUAUUCCGUAACCUUCUGAGGUGCCUGAUAAAGUGGGAAAGAAAUGAGAACUUUGGAGCUGUUAAUUAAGUCAGUGGACAGAUUAUGGCUUUGGAGUUAAUUAAAAAAAAAAUAUUCGUAUUCCUGUGUGCUCCACCUCGCAGGUCAUUGCGGUAUUAUGUUUUUUUUCUACCAUUUUUAGGUUUUAUCACAUUUUGAGCAAAUUGCUCAAAGAAUACUCAGCCAAAAAGUAAAAUUACAAGCAAUUUUUCAGAGAUAAACAUUGCCUGAAAAGAAAAAACACUGCCUUCAGUGUUCAGAACAAUGACACAGUCACUUUUUAAUAAAAUCCCAUUUUCCCAUGAGCUCAUACAUGAAGAAUAUUACUUCUUAAUCCUAAAUCCUUUUUUCUCAUUGUUAGUUAGAGGCAAAGAUUCUGUGCAGACAGUGUUUUGCUUAUAAAUGCUUUAUUUUAAAUAUGGUUCUAAGAAAUAAAAAUGACUUGACAUAUUUGUGGUAUGGCGACCGAGAGUGCAAAUGUGUGGGCAGGGCAAUGCAACAUUUAUGCAGGCGAAAAUAAGAGCAGCACUGUCACACGCGUGUCUGCGUGCAUGCACAUUCACCGCCAAACUCUGAAAUUGGAGGCGCUCUGGAACUUGUCAGGCUAAAAAUAUCACCGGCGUUUGCAUCAGGGGAGGUGGGCCAUGUUGCAAUUCUGGAAAGCAUCUUUAAAAUUUUAGAGUGCUGCACAUUAAGUCUAAUAUGGAAAAGUUUGACUUUCACAAGUAGGAGAAACCUUCAUAUUUUCUUUUCAAGCAUCAUGCCUGCAGAUAUAUUAAAAGUCCUUUUUUUUUUAAUUUCCUCAGAGAGGCACAAGUGAACUCAGACCUAAUCAAAUUGGAUUUCAUAAGAUACUGUAGGUCACCAUGCAAACAGUACAACAAAUUCCUCCACCUCCCUCCCUCCCUCCCCUGAAUCCUGCAGAGCUUCAAUCAAUCCAUCCUAUGCUGAACUCAGCUCACCGAGGAGAAUCUGUAGAGCAUCGCAACAGCAAAGCGGGAAACAGCCAUCAUGCAGGCACAAGGCAAGGAGGUGGAUGGCGGUCUGCUGCCUGAUGGGAAAGAGCCGGCCGGACAAGCUGAGGGCUCAAAGUGGGAGAAACCCAAGUUCUCACGAAAAUCUCUCAUGAGGUGCUGUCUGGUCAAGUGGAUCAUCGCUAGCACCACUCAACAAGGGCCAGACAGCAGCGACUGUGACCUCGAGCUCUCCAUGGUACGUCAUCAACCCGAAGGCCUUGAGCAGCUCCAGGCGCAGACCAAGUUCACCAGGAAGGAACUUCAGUCCCUUUACAGAGGCUUUAAAAAUGAAUGUCCCAGUGGGCUUGUGGAUGAAGAAACGUUCAAGACCAUUUACUCGCAGUUCUUUCCUCAAGGAGAUGCCACCAUGUAUGCACAUUUCUUGUUCAACGCUUUUGACAUGGAUAGAAGCGGCGCCAUCCGAUUUGAGGACUUUGUGGUGGGCUUGUCCGUGCUGCUUCGAGGAUCGGUGACAGAAAAGCUGCGCUGGGCCUUUAAUCUCUAUGAUAUCAACAAAGAUGGCUACAUCACUAAGGAGGACAUGUUGGCAAUAAUGACUUCCAUUUAUGACAUGAUGGGCAGGUACACCUUACCGAGCGUACGAGAAGAUUCCCCAUAUGAACAUGUGGAGAAAUUCUUUCAGAAAAUGGAUCGGAACCGUGACGGCAUGGUGACCAUCGAUGAAUUCAUAGAAACUUGCCAAAAGGAUGAGAGUAUUAUGUCUUCCAUGCAACUUUUUGAAAACGUCAUCUAGCUUCAGACGGAGGAAUGUGGAAACGCCUCAGAACCUUAGAAAUCACCGUAGGUUUUCUUUUCCCCCCAAAUAUAGUAGCCGUACUCGACUGUAGAGAAUACCACGUGCCAAUUAGAAGUCAGUUAGGACAGGAAGGCUUUAUUUUUAUUUUUAUAAAUUAUAUUAGAUUUGUAUCAUUUCUUUGACAAAUAAAUAAUGACACUUAAUUCAAAUGAAUUACAAUGUAACGUUUUGUCUGUAUGAUUUAACAAGUCCAAGCUGUUCAUCUAGCCAUAGCUCUAUCUAAUAAAAAGUAGUGCUUUGCCGCCGUCUUGUAGCAUCUUCUAAAUUAUAAACCGUUUUUUAGGUGACUUACAAAUUCAUACUUAUUAUGAAACACCAUUUUAUGCAGUCUAUGUUGUGACAAAGGAGCUUCACAUAGUUAAGUCAUGUGAACAAGUGUGUGUCUGUCACAAGUUUCCCCUCAAAGGAAACGGGAUCUUCCACACUCUUAGGAAAAGUGGAGAAAAAAACAAAACAAAGACAGAGUUGAGUGAUUUCACUGGACAGAAAUGUCUGUUAACAAUCAUCGCUGUUGUUUUACAUCCUCUGGACGCUUUUACUUUCUUGUGCAAAACAUGCCGUGCAAAUGGGUUCUUAGUCAUUGCUGUCUGCUGUGUUGUAUAGAAUGAAUCGCAGGCCCUGAAGCUACUCAAGCACUCUGUGUGAUUAUGAAGAAAGAGUUUCAAAAAGUCAGCUUGUUGUUUUUCAAAGAGGGGAUGUCCAGUAGAAAGUCGAUACAAACCUUGUUGAAAUACGUUUUUAUUUUAAUUGUCAUAAUAUGCAAUUUACCGCUAAAAGCAUGUCAGUAGAGUUGCGUGUUGUUGUCGACAAACAAACGCGUGUGGUGUUGCACCGUCCGCUUAUGUGCUGAAUAAUGGCACAUGAGCGUUGGGAGGUCAGCAAAAAUCAUUCAACCUGUACUGUAUUAUUCAUCUCGGGCCAAUAGGGACACGUAGGGGGAGGGGCUUAGCUCUUGUUGGUAUGGAAUUAAUUAUGAACACAGCACCUUCUGGAUCAAAUGGAUGGGCCUCAUCAUUGCAUCCUCAGAGCGGGACUCCACGAGAAGGACCUCUAGAUUGUGAUGACAAGCCAGCAAAAGCUUGCGUCACUGUGGCUCUUGUUGCUGCUCAUCGUAGCACUCUCCUCAGCUGCGCAGUCCACUUCCAGUAAGCGUGGCGGAAAAAGCAACAAGGCGCCUGCCUCAAAGGGUCACGGCCUCCCUAAGAAUGGUCUGAAGUGGGCGGGGACAGCGACCGGCAUGCUGGGCGGUACAGGGACGGGAUAUGGACUGGGUUUCCUCGGGAGGCCCAAGCAGGGGUCCAGGGGGCCCGGCGGCCACAAAAAGGAAUCCAGCGAGCGUUACGGCGGCCAAGGGCAAAUGUUUCGCAAUCAGUCGAGGUGGAGGGCUUUUCUGAAGGCGGAAGCGCCUGCCCACCUGAGUAACCGCUUCCUUAUGCUGGGACAUACACUCACCUUCCUCACAGGGAUUUGUAUGAGCGCACUUUGACCUGGUGGAAAUAGAAUAAAAGUUUGCAAAUGAUA